AUGGAGCGAUGGAUCAUCAUCAUAUCGUUGAUUUUUGCACUGAUUACCAUUUGUGAGGGUAAUCUUUGUGGAAUUAUCAAUGGUUUGGUUCCAAAGUCGGAUGUUCUCGUUCAUUGUAAAUCCAAAGAAGACGAUCUUGGCGUUCACCUACUUCACUACAAUGCUACCUAUGAGUUUGAAUUCAAGCCCAACAUUUGGGGAACUACACGAUUCUACUGCAGCUUUACGUGGCCAUCCCGAAUUGAAUGGUUCGACAUUUACAAACACCAGAGGGAUGAACUGGCGUAUUGUUUGUGGAUGGUCAAGCCUGAUGGUCCAUCAACCUCCGUCAAAGACGAUGUAGAAUCAAAUUUAGAGGACAUGAGCAGCAUUACGGAGUUGGUUUUGAGAGUAGAAUUUGAUUGA